AUGCAUUUUCCGGCAAUUGGAGACUUCUAUAAGCGUUUGCUAUUUCUAUUGCCGUUUGCAACGGAAAUGCCCCCUGAGGAUCGACGCUUUAGCUAUGAGGCGCCUAUGCAAUGGCAAUACUUAUAUCCACAAUGUGGCGGCGUGGAUCAAUCCCCAGUGCCCCUCAAUGCACAGAAGGUAAUACCUAUAGGCCUGCCUCCGUUGCACUUUGGUCUCUACGACGAGCCUUUCGAUGAGUUGCUCAACGUGAGAAACAAUGGACACACAGUUGAGUUUAGUGUACCCACGACGGUGUAUGGUGAACGCCCUUACAUAACAGGUGGACUCUUGGAAGAUUUCUAUGAGGCGAUGGCCGUCCACUUCCAUUGGGGGUCAGCGCAGCAGAAGGGAUCAGAGCACCUGCUUAAUGGUCGUCGCUAUGAUCUGGAAAUGCAUAUAGUGCAUCGGAAUACAAAAUACCAAAGUGACGAGGAGGCGAGAAAUCAAACUGAUGGCCUCGCUGUGCUUGCUGUGCUCUUCAAAGUUGUAAGGACCAAUUAUAUAUAUUAUCAGCCUGGUUUCACCGAGAUCUUGGGCUCCCUACUCCAUGUGGGCGAAUUCAACAGCAGCUAUACGCCGGCAGCGUUCCUCACGCUGGGCUCCCUACUGGGUGGCUUGGAUAGGGGCAACUUUUAUGCAUACAAGGGAUCCCUUACAACGCCGCCCUGCUCCCCGGCUGUGCUGUGGCACGUCUUUGCCGAGGUGCUACCCAUUUCACACCUUGAGUUGCCCAAGUUUUGGCAGCUGCGCAAUCGUUAUGGGCGGCCACUUUUGAAUAAUUUUCGACCUCUGCAGUCUCUAGAGCGGCGACAAGUAUUUCUACGGCGACCGUUGGAGGAGUACCUCUGGUCAUAG